CAAAAACCAACACAACAUUCACUCUGCGAUUCUCUCCCUCAUUUAAAUCAUCAUCUCCAGGUCUUUUCCCCAAAAAUUUGACGACAUGACUUCCUGUUACCGCCGGUUAGCAGCCACUCCCGCGGCACUGCAAACUCCAUUUCAACUCCCUAAACUGAGACCAGAGCGCCAAAUUUCAUCGUUCCAUUUCUUCAACCCAAAUCAACGGUCAGGAAUCGUUCUGCGGUUAACAGCACGGUCCAGAGUCUCCAGACUCCUGGUGGUAAAAGCGGUAGGGAGAUCGGAUGGCGGAGAUGUGGCGAAGAAGGCGGGAGCGUGCUCUUACUCACUCGAGGAUCGGAGAGUCGUUGAUCGGAGUGUGGAAGAGAUGGAUAGCAGGACGAGAGAGAGAAAUCGGACGGUGGAAGUGGCGAUUGCGGCUACGGCUACGAUGGUGCUGGGAGUAGGGAAUCGCGUGCUUUAUAAACUGGCUCUCGUUCCUCUGAAGCAUUAUCCCUUCUUCCUCGCUCAGCUUGCUACAUUCGGGUAUGUAAUUGUAUACUUUUCCAUAUUGUAUCUUCGGUACCAUGCCGGUAUUGUUACGGAUGAUAUGCUGUCCAUGCCAAAGGCUCCAUUUCUUGCUGUUGGCCUUCUGGAGGCUCUUGCUGCUGCAACUGGGAUGGCUGCUGGAGCAAUUCUUUCCGGGGCAUCCAUUCCUAUUUUGUCUCAGACCUUUCUUGUGUGGCAAAUUCUCCUGUCCAUCAUUUUUCUUGGGAGGAGAUAUAAAGUAAAUCAACUUUUGGGAUGCUUUCUUGUCACUGCUGGUGUAAUCAUCACUGUAGCAAGUGGUUCUGGUGCUGGUAAUUCAUUGAAGGAUGCAGGCAUAUUUUGGAGCCUUUUAAUGAUACUUUCUUUUCUGUUUCAAGCAGCUGACAUGGUGCUAAAGGAAAUAAUCUUUUUGGAUGCUGCUCAGCAAUUAAAGGGUGGUUCAGUAGAUCUAUUUGUUGUAAAUUCCUAUGGAUCUGCUUUUCAGGCACUAUUCAUUUGCCUACUACUACCAUUUUUAUCAAAAUUGUGGGGCAUUCCAUUUAGCCAGCUCUCAAGCUAUCUUAAAGAUGGUGCAGGUUGCUUCUUGAACAUUGGUGGAACUUUAUCAAGUGGUUGUGAUGGUGCCCCACUACUACCUUUGCUGUUUGUUUUUGUCAACAUGGGCUUUAACAUCUCGUUGCUACAUCUCAUUAAGAUAUCCUCUGCUGUGGUAUCUUCACUUGCAUCCACGUUUUCAGGUAUGUCUUUGUUGUUCCCUAUAAUCAAUUUUCAUCUUUUCCUUUUGAUCACCCUAAGGUUCACAUAUUCUUGAAAGAAAGUCUUAUUUCUGUUAAAAACUGCUGAUGCACUGUGGUCUUGUUUGUGCAAAAAAUGACUUCUUCUUUGAGCUAACAAUAAGGAAUGGAUAAUAUCUCUUAAGUUCUAAAUACAGAGUUAUUCUUUAGAAACUAUUUUCUUUUGACUAGUCUAACCAGUCUAACAGGGUGAAGAAGGUACGACCACUCAUCUGAUUGUGCUGUUCUUGUGAUAACAACUUCAUGGGUCCUUGCACAAAAGAACCCAUGUUCAUGCCAUGUUUUUGUUUUUUUUGAUCGGCACCAUGUUCAUGCCAUAUUGUUUUUUCUUUUUGGUUUGUAUUCUGCAUAUUAAUCAAAACUAAAAAGUUGUCUCUGGAUCUAUUGUGACAGUGCCAAUAUCAGUGUAUCUGUUCACAAUGCCACUACCAUACCUUGGAGUCGCAUCCUCCCUUCCACCAGGCUUUGUUGCAGGAGCAAUCAUUCUUGUUAUGGGCUUGUUCUUCUAUGCCUGGACACCAUCAGAUUCUACUGCUGUUGUCAUGCCAUCAUCUUCCAAGUAGAGUGUUGUAGUCACUGAACAGCUAAUUUCCAUUCCCCCAACUGGAAGGUGAUUAUCUUAAUCACCACAAGCGCAAGCUGCACCCUUCAAGCAUUGAGAAUAAAUUAAGAGGAAUGUUGUGUGUAAAUCUGAAAAUUUCCUAACCGUUUCUCAGCAUUUAAGGUUGAGAAGGGACGGAGAGAAAAACAGUCAAAUACAGAAAUGCAGUAGGUGUCGAGAUACAUUUGAGAAAAUUAGGAAAUGCAAGUAUAAG